GUAAUGUCCAAUCAGAAAGGACGUUGCACAGGGCAUAGGCUCACACUGUUUCACGCUGUUGACUGAGGCUUAGGUCAGUGGUGUCUAAUGCGGUAUCCGGAUCCACGUUGAAGCACUUCUAAUUCGUGGAUGUAGUCUUUAAAUUUUAGCAUGUAAGAGGUCCACCGGCUGUGAAGGAUGUCCAUUUAAGAACUGUUCGAAUGUUUUAUGCCCGUUUCUUGUGACUGUUUUUACUUUGAAGAAGAGUAAACGCCUAAAAGAAUUAAGUACUGACUAUUUAAGCGCUCGGGGAAGGGGCGUGGUGAUUACCACUCCCAGACCACUCUCGUGCCAUCGAGAAUAUAGAAGAGCAUGUAGUAGCUGCUUUGAUGAUAAAGCAAACGCAGUAGAUCUUGAACAGUUCCACACCCACUUACAGCCAGAUUAUUUCACAGGAGAAACAACAAUGGAUGUGCAGAUAAUUUUAAUAGGUAUCCCGGCUUUUGUUGUUAUAGCCAUUUUGAUAUAUCUGAUCACCGCAUUUGCAAUGCGAGAGAAGACAUUCGAAGAAGUAAUAGCAGAGCAAAAACGACGACAGGAAGAAGAGCGUGAAAGAGCAAAACAAGGCAAAAAGGUAGAAAAGGAGCAGUAUAAGAAAAAGUUUAGAAAAGGUAAAGCAGAUAAAGGAAAAGAAAAAGCUGCCCAGGUUUGUGGACCAGAAUUUAAGGAACCAGUCAUGGUAGAGCCAGAGGUAACAGAGCACAAGAUGGUCAACCUUGAAAUAGACCCAGAAAUAAUUGAACCUUCUGAUGCUGUUGUUCUUGGAGGUAAAUCCAAAGUCAAGCCAAGCCGAAAGAGCAAACCAAUUCUGGUCAACAAGAAUGAAGUAACCCCUGUUACUGAGAAGGCCACUGAACUGCCCCACAAGCCUAUCACACCACGAGAUGAGAUUGAGUUAAAAAAACUUCAUGAAAAAGAGGUUGUUCCAGCUGUGCAUGUUUCCACUAUGCAGAUAGAAACACACCAGAAGAAAGAAAACAAGAUUGUACAUCAGACAGAAAAUAAACAGGAGGUCACAGAAACAAUUAAAGAAGUCAAGGAAAUUAAGGUGCAGAGAGUGAAAGCCCCAAGAAUGGAAUCCAUGAUAAUCCAGCAAAAUGCACCACAGGAGGAGGGAGAAAAGAAGAUAUCAAAGAUUAAGAAUUCAUCUGAUACAGUUGCUGGCGGUACUCGUCUGGUGGAAAUGGUGCGUUCAGCUUCUCUCAGUGACAAAGAUGUUCAGACUCUGACAGAGAUUCUGUCCAAUCGCCAGGGUACAACAGGUGUUGCCCAGGAUUCCUGGAACAAGAAGAACCAGAAAGGGGAUGCAACUGCUUUGCUGAAGAAGCAGCUGGAAGAAAAAGAGAAAGCUCUACAGGAAGAGCAACAGCAUUCCAUGGUUGCUAACAAUCGUGUGAAAGAAGCAAAAAAUGAGUUGCUGGCUGAGCGCUCUAAGUUUGCUACCAUGGAGAAGAGAUACCAGGAGAAAGUAGCUCAGCAGGCUUCAGAGCUUGAGGCCAUGCAACAGCGCAUGCGUCAUGCACAUGAGCAGCACAUUGUAGAGAUUGGAGACAUGCGUGGUCGGCUCCAGCAGCUAGAACAAUCAGGCGAUGCAACUUUGAUACAGAAGCUUAAGCAGGAAAAUAAAAUCCUUCAAGAGUCCUGGGCAAAAGCUGCGAAAGAGAGUGUGCCCUUGACAGAGGUUGCCAGCCUUCGCCAAAAGGUUGAAAUUAUGCAGAAGGAGCUCUCAUCUAAUGCACUUAAACUGAACUCUGCAGAGAAUGCCAAAAAUAACCUGGAGCAGAAACUGCAGAAGGCAGAGGAGCAGAUGACCAAACAGGAGUCCAGUAAAAAAGUCUUGGAAGAUAAGCUGGAUGAGGUGAGUGCAGAGCUAAACAAGAUAGAGACCAAAAAUGUUAGUCUUGCAUCAGAUCUGAAGAAAGCAACAACAGCACUAAGUCAGGCCGAAACAGAGUGUUCGUCCCUCAAGUGCAAGCUACAGGAACUGGAGAAAUAUCUUUCCAGUGGAGAUGCUACUAAAGAGAUUGGUGCCAAGCUGCAGGAAGCUGAGCGUAAGAAGUUGGAUCUAGAAGGAAAUCUCAAGAAUCUAGAGAAGCAGCUGGCUGAUGCUCUGCACCACCAGAAUGAACUGAACUCGGAGCUGAUGCAAGUUCGUCAGGAGAAUCACCUCCUUACAGAAGAAAUGCGUGCUAGCAAAGAGCAGCGACAACAAGCAGAAGGUCAAGAAGCACUUUCCACAGCUGCAAAUGGGGACAUCCACAAGAAAGUUUCUAAGAAAGACACGAUUCAGUUGGAGGAACAUGAACGCAUUUUGUCGGAAAAGAUUGCUGAACUUGCUAAGCUUCAGCAAGAUCUGGAGAUGGAACAAAGUGCUGCCUCUGUGUUGAAAACUACAGUGGAAAAUCAACUGGUUCAAAAUAAAGAACUCCUUGAACAACUGGAUGCUCAGAAGCAGAAAAAUAAUGAGUUGCGAGAAAAGAACUGGAAAGCUAUGGAGGCUUUAGAAAAAGCUGAAAAAUCAGCAUCAGAAAAAGUUGAUAAAACACUAAAGUCAUCUAGGGAAGCCACAACUAAAGCUCUUGCAGAUUUGGAAUCACUAGACAAAGGAAUUUUGCAGCGCCUUUUUCCAGACAUCUCUGUUAGUGAGAAAUUGGGCCACAAGGAAUGGAUAGGAGCAUUUGAAAAACAAGCAGUUCAGUAUAUAGCAAAAAUUUCAUCGUCAGCGAGAGAGCAAAGUGAAAAAAUUAUUCAUCUGCAAAAUGAGAACAGUCAGUUACAGGCUGAUCUGGCAGUCUUUAGAAACAACAUUGCCAUUCUGCACUCUGAAAAGGAUCGAGUUCAAGAACUUGAGUUGGAAAAUGCAAAACUUAAACAGCAAGUGGAGACUUAUGAAAAAUCUUUUGCUCAGGUGAAUGUAGGGCAAGAGAAACUGAGUCAUCUAGAAGAAGAAAAUAAGAGGUUGAAAGAAAAUGUCAUGCAAAAUACUUCGUUGUCAUCAGAAAUGUCAAGUUUACAAGAAGCUAACAGGCAACUACAGUCGCAGGUAGAAGAAUAUAAAAAUAUUGUUUCAGAAACGGAGAAAAAGUUGCAGGAUUUGGAGCACAGUGUUGAAUCUGAGGAGAAAAAGUGGAAAGAGAAGCUACAACAGGCACAAGAAGACGUUGAAAGGAACAUAAGGAUCCCUACUCAAGAGCAAGAGCUAGAGGAGUUAACAAUACAGCAGCAAGCUCAGCUGGAAGACUACAGAAGUGUUUUGUCAUCUACGGAGAGUACACUACGUCAGUUGGAAAGUCGAGCUGAUGCAGAAGAAAAGAGGUGGCAGGAGAAAUUGCAGAGUGUACAAAAGGAGCUAGAAAAGUCUAAAACAGAAUGCCAUAGGCUAGAGAAAGAUAUCCAGAAGUUGCAUGGAAGUACUGAAGAUCUGUCAGAUUUGGGUUUUGCAUAUCGGUGUGUUGAGAAAAGCCUUACAAGUAUUGUUGAUGAGAUGCAGUCCAGAGUUGAAGAAUUGGAGCAGCAGCUUCAGAACUUGAAUGACAAUCUGUCUGCUGUUACCCAGGAAAAGCAAAAGAUGCUGUCAACAAUAGAAGAGUUGCAGCAGCAGCUUCAAAAUGCCAGUGAAAGUCUUUCAACCAUAACAAAAGAAAAUGAAAAGGUGAAAUCAAAACUAGAAGAUGUGGAGAAACAGCUUCAAAAUCCAAGUGGUACUGUUGAAAAAGAAGAGGCACAGUCAAGAUUGAUAGAUGCCAAAGAUCAGCUCAAGAAAUCUGAAGAAAGAAUUGUCUCUCUUCUGAGAGAGAAGGUCGAGGUGGAGACAAGAUUCAACGAGACAAAUCUGCGGCUCAAGGAAUCUGAAGAAAGAAUCAGCAUUCUUUCACAAGAAAAAGAAGAAAUUUUUAGCAGAGUUGUGGUGCUAGAAAAACAGAAACUGUCAGUGCCACCUACUGAUGUGGAGGACCUGAAAAGGCAACUGGAAGAGCUGCAGCAACAGCUGGAGGCAGAGCGGAAGAAGAAUAAAGAUCUGUCAUCAACACUGGUGCGCCUGAAUGGAAUCAUCAGGACUGGGCAGGAUGCACUGGCUCAGGAGCAGAAACUUGUGAAGCAGCUGCAGGAUCAGCUGGAAGAGAAGACCAAAGGAUCUGACAUACCAGCAAGCCAAGAGAUUGAACAGUGGAGAACAACGCUGAAAGCCAAACUGAAUGAAAAAGAAAAACAGCUAGAGCGGGAAAUUACAGCAAACAAGCAGCUUAGUCAGCGAUUGGGGCAACUAGGGGUGCUGAAUCCUUCAGCAGGAAAUGAUAUGGGUACAUCUGUGUAGGCUUGCAGAUUUACAUGCUUUGCCUACACUUGCAUAGAAACACACACACACAUGCAUGCAGAUUAAUUGAACAGUAAAACAGUUAAUUUGAGAGUGUCCAUAUGGUGAAAACUCAUCUCUUUGGGUGUUGCCUUGCACUACUGUAUGAGGAUACCCUGACCACAUCAGCCUUGAACAGCUUUUUGUGGACUACAUUGGCAGUGGGCCUGGAUUUCUCGUUACCAUGUCAUGCCUAUUGCUAGCAUUUCUUCCUCGGACCCCAGCUUGCCGAAUGUGUUUAGUCAUCCAGUCUUGAAGAAGACUAUAAACUUGUGUCCUAUAGAGUUUGCUUGCUAUGAAUGAUCUUUGAUGUUCACAUGUUGCAUCAUAACAAAAUGGUAAAGGUAGAAAAAAGGUCUAUUUGAAAAUGUUUAUGCAAGUAAUGUCGUUUUCCGUAAGUUUCUGCAAAGGCGGUGCAGAUGACAGUUUCUCUAGUUGAAUCAACUCAGCACCGCCCAUUCUUGAAAACUACUGUUCUUGCUGUAUUAAACAGGUGAAAGUGAUGAAGCAGUGUCUCGUUUUGAUGACCUUUAAAAUAUUUUAAAAUAAAUUUCUAAGAUCAGCAUUAAUGAUAUACAGUCAUUUUAUUCAUAGUUGCUGUCUCACAGAUUUGUAUUGCCAUUGUAGUGUUUCUUACAAUACUUUAGUGUGCAUCACAUACUGUUGAUUUGCAUUCAGUGUGUUCCAGUUUAAUUGGCUACAAAUCAUUAUAACACAAGAGUUCUUACCCAGUGUAUAAAAAAAUAGUGACAGAUUUACUCCUAGUUCAGAAGAAAUUUUUUAAGGGUCUUUCCACAGAAUAUCAUGAUCUGGAAUAGUUGGAAUCAGAAUUCAGGCAAGGGUUUUAAACAUGCUAAUAAUUUUUUUUUGUGGGUGGUAGGUGAACAAGCAUAUUUUUUUAAAAUACUUUCUGGGUGAUGACAAAUAGUGGGUUAAACAGUAUGUAUUAAUCUUGUGAUCAAAACAGUCAGGGCACCUCUGGGAUAUUUAGGGCUGCUGAUCUUAAGUAUACCAAUGGCUGUUACGUUCCUAAACCUCAAGAAGACAUUUUGUAUUGGAAACUACAUUUGUAAACAGAUUUACAUUUCAUAUAGCAGUUGCCAUCUGUUGGUCCAGAAUACUUUUAAAGUAAUUUUUUUUUUAAUCCAUUUGGCUUCAAAAUGAGACCGAAGUUCUGUGGAGGAAAAAAAAUAGAAUUUAAAUCCAUUAGUAAGCAUUCAUUACCAAGCAGUUUCUUGUGAGCUUAACAGGGUAAUGCUACCCUGGAACUUUUGUUUUCUUUCAGCCAGCUGUCAGGGUCUUUAGAAGUUUUGCAGUUGUCUUUUCUUGAUGAAACUAUUUAAAUCAAAGGAAUCUACUUUUUACAGGGUCCUAUAGUCUCAAUUUAGUGUACUCUGUCCAAGGGCAGUUUAAGGAAUAUUUAAUAGAUCUUGCUACACAAGCAGCUAAACCAUUUUUAAGUUUUUAUUUCCAGCCAUGUGUGCGCCAAUAUUGAUAAAAAUGUGUUGUUACACUAUGUUUGGUAUACAGGGAUCUGAUGUGUGUGCUUGAACUACCAGUUAAGUGGUUAACAUGCUACUGUCAACUGCUUCCUGUUUUCUUUCUGGACUGUUUGUAGCCUGAUGUUUAUAGCUGUGAGCUUAUACUAUUAAUAGCCAGUUGUCAGUUUUGUCUUUCUGUCCUGUUCUUGAGAAAAAGAUGUUGAGUGAGCUUUAAAUUAGAGACAGGUAGAACUUGUACCCAAGUACACCAUCUGUCAGACUUCAUUAUCUCACACUGCUGAGAAAGUGUGCAUGGGUGUAUGAUGAUCCUCCUUUGUGCAGAGCCAUGUAAAGACCCAUGUCUUUAUCUGCAAAUCCGUGUCACUUGCACGUUGUCUUUUGUAUAAUGGCUGUACUUAUGAAUGCAUGCAUUUCUUUGCUGAUAUUUUACACUGCUGUUUGCAUGUUUUUGUGAAUAGAUGAAUGUAUGGAAGGGAGUUAGGGGAGCUGGUGUGAAGGAGAUGAGUGACAAGAAAAAAAGUGUUGAAUUGCAACUGCCUGCUUUGAAGUUUAGAAACCUGUAUUAAAGUUGAAUCUUUCUCUCACAUCAACUAAAUUCUAAUUUUUUGCAUUUGUAACAGCAGCUUCUCAUGCAGACAGCACUUAACCAUAAAGCUCAAGCUUAGCGGCGUUGCCUGUUGUGAUGUAUUUUAUGAGCAGAUUACAUCAGAUCACGUCUUUCGAUGUAUAACUUCAUUUUUAAUUUCUGAAUAUAAGCACAGAAAAAACACUUCUCUUUAUCUCUGUUUAUAGAUUCAAGGGAACUAAAAUUAAAACUUCAUUUGUGCAAUAUUUACAGAAAAUUGCAGGGUUUACACAUUUUGGCAGCAGGAGGGUGAAGGUAAAAAAGUUGACAGACAAUUACCAAGCAUGUUUAUUUUUCACUUUGUCAGGUUGUAUCCAAAAAGACCAAAACUGUACAGUGCUUGGUGGUAAAUAUUUGGCAGUCCUUUCAAAACUUCACUUUUCUCUGUCUUGAUUGCUGUAGCUUAAAAAUAUUUGCAAGUAAUUUUAUUUGGGGAUGAGUGCAACAAAAGGAAAAGUAUCAGGGUUGAAUGCUGGGUGGGUUUAAAGUUAUAUUUUUGCACCAUGUUAUCAUGUUCUGGUUGCCUUCCACAUGACUGCAAUCUUGCUUCAUCUUUUGCCAUGAAUUUGAUGUACCCUAACCUCCCUCCACCACCACCUUACACACAGGGCUGUAUGUUUUUGCCUCAGAGUUAAUUGAGUUUGGGUCAUAAAUAACCUCUUGCCUUACACCUGCAGACUAGUCAUGCUGAACCUAUUGAUAGCAGGUUAUUUAGCAAAGCAAAAGCAGUGUUGUAAUGGUCUUGGGAAAAAAAGUCACUUUUUUUUUUCAUUGUGUCCCUUGGUUGGUUCUUGUUUUGUGGUGCUGGUAGAGUCUUAAUCCUUCUGUGCCUGCCUGGAUGUGCCAGUUCUGUUUAGUCUGCUUCAGCAUACCAGAUAAGCAAAACACAAAGGUAUUCUUAUAUCUAAUGCAUGAUUCUAGGUCCUCAAUUUUAUACAUUAUAGACUGAGAUGCUUGAAACCAUGAACUAAUAGCCUUGGACUGCUGGCAGACGAUUUUUUUUCCAGUUAACUGCUAAAAUGAGGCAUGAUACAAGAAAGCUUCUGGUUUAUUCACAUUCUUUGUUACGGCUCGCCGAAACUAACAGCAGAUCACUUCGCAAGAGGCUAAGCAUUGGUCUUGGUAGACAGACAGCAAUCCACUUAUACAUGUCCUUGUUGAAAUUGCACUGCCUAAGAAAUCAGAGGCAUCUAUCCAUAUUAUAUAAUUCUAAUGACCGAACAAAGAAAAAAUUUCAUUAAACCAUUAAACUAACUAAAAUUUCCCAGACUUUGAGACACUAGCUGGUGGCUAUUCUCUGCAAGCACUCAAAGUGAGUUAAAAGUUGUUUUUGAGGAAUGGCUAAUUCUGAAAGUAUAAACCAAGGUUAAGCAUGCUGUUUAGAACAAUGCACCUUUUAAUGUUUCUUACCUUGUAGGAAAGAACACAUGCCAUUUGCGAUUCUUUAUCCCAUAAUGGAUAUGUAUACAACUAUAUACAAGACCAUUUAUUUCAGUAGCCACACAUGAUCUAUAUAAUUUGUUUACUGCAUGAUCAAAGGUAGUUUCUCUCAGAUUCUGAUGGCUUACAAACGAGUGGGAAAGAAAGGGACCAAUAUAGAUUUUGUCCUUUAUAUUUUUGUUUUCUGGAGGUUUAUCGUGUAGCCCACUUCAUUUGCUUUUCUAAGCAUUUGAUAAAGAUAUGCUUACUAUUACUUUCAUUCUCUGGAUGUUACAGUUUAUGGAGAUUUUUAGCUACAGACUGCACUAUUUGGUCAUCUACAACCUCCUAACUAAAGUCUAAACUUUGAACUUAAAUUUGUGGCAAUCCUGAGGAUUGUGGAAUUUGACGUGCCCUGCUUGCUCUGUAUUAGUCAUUAUGAAUGAGGCAGAGCUUGCAUUAAGAGCAGCUUUAAGUGACAGCAAAAAAUUUAAUAAAUUUUAAAAAGUAAAAUGGUCAGUGAGGCCAAACAUUGAUGCCAUCCUGGUUUGUGCAGAAGGAUGAUCAGUCCCUUGGCCAAGACAAAUCCCUGAUGUUGCUCACUUUCUAUUGUUGAAACUCCUUUGAAGCUUACAUUAGUGUCUCAUUUUGAACCAGGGCUUUUUUUUUAUUUGCUGCUUUUUAAAAUGAAUUUGUUGACGAUAGCCAACUGUAAUCUGAUUGUGAAUAUGGAUUUUUUUUGUUUUUGCAUAUCAGGGUUUAAUUUUUUUUUUUACUUGGGAGAGAAAGUUAAUCUGAAUGUAGUUGAAAAGAAAUUUCUGAAAGUAGUACAUGUACUCUUUUAUUUUUUUGGAUCUUAAGCCAGGGAGUAGUGAGGAAUCGUAUGCAUUUGUAUCUCAGGUGUUUUAUUUGGUAGCUUGUAGAUACAGAGUGGUUGAGGAUGCUCUUGUGAUAAACAUGUAUUAUCUUGUCCAAUAGAAUGACUUAUCACCUGACAAUUUUGAUAAGCCCAAGGAUGUGCUGCAUGUGAAAUUUGAAGCGUACAUGCAUUAAGCAAUCUUUAUUCUGAUAAUGACUAGAGUGCUUUUUUAUUUUCCGUUUUCUUGGGGUAUAAGCAGUCUUGAUGCUGUUCUUGUCAAUGUGUUAGCAGGUCAGAGACAAACAUUAGCCAUGUUUAGUUUCAAUACUGGAAUUAAAUAAAUGAUUUUUACCUCUUCUGUAUUAAAAGAGUGGGAAUGGGAUUUUUUUUUUUAAACUGGCACACUGAAGCAGAUUGACAGAAACCACAAAUUUAUGUUAAUAUACUCCCUUUGUAUCAUCAGUUAUGAGCAAGUUGGUCUUUUGUUAGCUUCAUAUUUUUUUCGGGAGACCAUAAUUCUAUGUCUGUUGGACAUGCCUUGACUUGUUAGAUCAUGUGUUGAUUUUUUUAGCCUGGCUUAACUGUAGAAAUACUUUUUUUCUCCACUAUCAAUACACCAGGUGGAAAGGCAUUGAAUUUUAAUCUAGUUUAUUGAUGUCAAUGUAUGUUGCUAAAGCCUUAUCUUGGAGACAUUCAUGUUUCAAUGAUGAGGUACAUCAAAUAAACAUAAGGUCACUGA